AUGCUAGGCAGAUUUGCACAAUUAAAAUAUGGCGUCUUCGUCUGGGCAUGGCCUCCGGCCACGCAGCCUCGGGCCACGCAGCCUCGACUCAUAUUUUAAUUAUAUCCGGCAAGGUUUUGCCAUUUCAGAGAUGGACGGCAAUGCUAGGUAAGCAAUUCUGGUGGAGUACAGAGCCUAGCCCUAGUCUAUUCUCAGAGAUGGUUUUUUCCUCGUGGGGAAGGAAAGCACGGCAGUUGGAAAGGGGAAGCCCAGCAGAGUCCACACGACCCAUCGGGCAACUCCCUAGCGUGAAACUGGGCGUUACGUCCCAGGCUACGUGUUUUUCCUUUUUGCCGAAAGCCUACCAGAAAAUCCAUUUUUUUGGGUUUUCGGAAUGGAAACCCAUGUCACAAGCAAGUAGCUCAUCCAUGAGCCGUCGAAGCCGGCAACACUUUGCCCCUAGGCGCACCUUGGUGAACGAAGUGGACCGGCCCAGAGGUCUGUGGGCCCGAUGCGACGAAAGGCGAGCGGAGGUCUGGGCUCUGCCAACCCCGUAGUGGACGUUAAGCGUUAUAAGUAGUAAGUUAAGUUAAGCUAGGCAGAUUUGCAAGAAGAGCUUAUAAAGUGAUGAAUCGUGAUGAAUACAGAGAAAACAUGAGGAUUGCCCAGCUAGCUAGGAACGUUGACCGCCUCGAAAUGCCUGAUCUUCUUGCAGCCGAUGGAGGUCUAAUGAAAAGGGAGGAAAAGGUUUUACUCCAUGCAGUCCCUGAAAUUCCUAUUAAGAAAGACGAAAUUAUUGACGACCCUUUAUUUAACACCCUUUACACUUACAAGCCUGAUUUAAUUUAUCUUCAGUUCAACCCUAUGCACUACAUCACCAGGCAGCGAUACAUUUCAUAUCAAUUAGCGAUGAAGAAUAACGAAGAAUACAAUAGAAAAGCUGCGUAUUCAUUUGAUAAUCCGAUACCUUUAAGCUGGGACGAGUGCUGUGUGAAUCUUAUUACGCUAGAUAGCAUAACUCAGAAUAAAAGUUAUGAAGAAUUGGAUUAUACUAACUCCCCCCCCCCGUGAGUGAACAAAACCAUUAGAAAAAUCGCUAUUUUUUGCCCCAAAAACCCACCCUCCGUGAGUGAACAAAAAUUUUUUUAAUACAAAAAUUUUUAUGGAAAAAAAAUUUGAUAUAUAAAUGAUAAUUAGUAUAAUGAAAUCUAGAGCUAAUUCUGUUUAAUUUUAAACGAAUUGCUUUUUAAAACAUAAAUUUUAUAAAUUAAAUUAAUAUUUGCUUUCCAAUUUUUGCGAAUUAGGAUUUUUUUAAAUUUCGAAAAAAAAAUAUUUUUUAUAAAAAUUUAUAUAUAAAUUGUUUUAAAAAAAAAAAUUAAACCCCCCUCCGUGAGUGCACAAAAUUUUUUUGUUCACUCACGGAGGGGGGGGAGUAAAGGCUUUGGAACAUACUCAUACCCGACUUUGCAAGCUUAUGAUAUCCAUAAGCAGCUAACGAAUCCUUUUAUUAAUGCGAUAACUGAGCACAUUGCUGGAAGAGAAUGGAGCAAAUAUCAUUAUAUCAAUAAUAUCCUAUAUCUGGCACUUAUGGGAAAAUCUAAGGUUAUCUUAGGAGACAUGCCUGAGCAAUUGUUACGUUUGCAGCUGGGAAAUACAAUCCCUCUGGCUACAGUCAGGGAAAUAUAUCACUUUGUCGUUGAAAAAUUAAAUGAGCAUUACAAAGAAAACCCAGGCGUCUUGAUGACAAUGGAAGAAAUGACAAUGAGCUAUUUCCCACACAUUUUUCAAAUGCCAAGAGAUCUUUAUAUCACUGCUAUGCUUAAAGAAACCUUCCCUGCUGGAGCUUUAACAGCUGCAUUUUUAGGUAACCCUCACUAUAUUCCAAUUCAAAGAUAUUGGGUUGGCCCUCCAAUGGGGAUUAACUAUACACAAGCUACUUAUGUCCCUCCAAAAAUUCCAAAUGAGACUGAAGAAAUGCUAAUUGAAAAGCAAGCUUUAUUUGACAUGCUGCUAGACACAAAAGUAUGGGGCGCAAAAUAUGUGACAAAUCCAUUUUUGUAUUUGACUGAAUCCAUUGAGGAUAUUCCUAAAAAAGAUUUAACUUAUUUCAAGAAUUAUUUCAAGCAAAUCACGUCUCAGUAUAAUGAGGUGAGAAACCAAAAAUUGAAAUUCCCUGAUAAGAUGCUUGCAGAGGAAAAAAGUAAUUAA